AAAGAGGAGGAGCCAAUGGAGACAGAGAGUGGAGAGGAGGAGGAGGAGGAUGAAGAGGAGAAGGGAACAGGGGAUGCUGAGGAUGGGGGGCAGAGUGACACCCAAGCCUCAGGGGGUGAGGAGGGUUCUAAGGGGGUGACUUGCCCUGCCCCGGUUCCCAUGGAAACGGAACCCAGGAAUGGUGAUGACAUCGCUGGAGGUUCUGAGGGACAGGCGGGGGUGAAGCAGGAGGACAAACAACCAGAACACACAGCCAAUACUGUCUCUCCAGACCAGAUACACACAACCACACAGGUUCGGCCUAUAAGACAGAGGUGGGUGUGUCCUCCUGUCUCCUCACCCCCACCGCCUCACCCAGAGACUCUGGUCUGGCAGAGGAGAGAGGGAUGAACG